AUGUCAGAGGUGGCAGAGACAACCGUUACAACACGGUCGGAGGAUGCAGAUACCGUUAGGCCUCAACAGGUUGGGGAAUUGUAUAACAUUCAGACCGCAUAUAGGCUGGAUGGAAAAAACUACCUUAAAUGCUCCCAACUUGUUCAGAUUGUGCUAAAAGAGAAAGGAAAAAUCAGCCACAUCUUAGGGACAAGACCAAAACCAGAAGAUCUACGAUUUGAACCGUGGGAUGAGGAGGAUUCGAUGAUCAUGGCAUGGUUGUGGAACUCCAUGACUCCAGAGAUUAGCGAUACAUGUAUGUUCUUGGCCACUGCCAAGGAUAUAUGGGAUGCAAUUUAA